AUGCUUAAAGAUAUUUAUAGAAUUGACAAAAAUCACUUGCAAUUAACUGUCGUCUUUAAUGGCUUCUCAGAUGAGGCCGAUAUAAUCUAUGAGGCUUAUGCUAUACCUUGCGAUGAAUUUUGUGAUCCAAAUAGCUGCAACCAAGUGAAUUCCACAAAAAGCCAACAAAUCAAAAUUAAAAAUAGAAUGCGGAAGAGGCGAUCAUUAAUAGAACCAUCUGAAUCACGUCUGUUUCAACUUUCUGGUGAUAUAUACGCUGUAAAAUCAUCUAAUAAGCUCAAACUUAAACAGAAGUCAUGGAAAACAGAAACGGGAAGUAAUGAUUUACGAAGAAAGUCAGUACUAAUGCUUUACGAAGAAUCAUUAACAGAUAUCAGUAAUAGCGCAGAUGGAAAAGCCAUCUCAAUAAAUCAGUUGCAUUACAUGCGACACCAAAGGAACUCGGAAAUUGUUGGACUGAAUGAAAGUAACGACAAUAAACAAGAAACGGUUAGAAGGCUAUCGGAAGGUUGA